AUGGUCACUUGGAUAUUGCCAAAGUGCUUAGACGAAUCCCAACGGGGGGGUAUACAUCCUUCAAUUAAAGGAGUAGUUUGGGAGUUCUUGUUAGGCUGCUAUGAUCCUAACAGCACGUUUGAAGAACGGAAUCAACUUAAGGAGCAAAGGAGGGAACAAUUCAACACAUGGAAAGCUGAAUGUCAAAGGUUGGUUCCAGUUAUUGGUACUGGAAAAUUCAUUACAACACCUCUCAUCGGUGAUGAUGGCCAGCCAACCGAUGAUUCUUUGAUAAGUGUGCCUCUUUCAGAUAAGAAAGUUCUGCAGUGGGUACAGACGUUACAUCAGAUUGGUUUGGAUGUUGUAAGAACUGAUCGAGCUCUUGUGUUCUAUGAGAGUGAAACUAAUCAAGCAAAACUAUGGGAUGUUCUGUCAAUUUAUACGUGGUUGGAUGAUGAUAUUGGCUAUGUGCAAGGAAUGAAUGAUAUAUGCUCACCCAUGGUGAUACUUCUUGAGGAUGAAGCAGAUUCCUUUUGGUGCUUUGAGCGUGCAAUGCGAAGGCUGAGAGAGAAUUUCAGGACCAGUGCAAGUUCAAUGGGGGUGCAAUCUCAGUUGAGUACGCUCUCCCAGAUUAUUAAAAUUGUUGAUCCCAAGCUCCACCAACAUCUUGAUGAUUUAGAUGCUGGGGAGUAUCUCUUUGCAUUUCGCAUGCUGAUGGUUCUUUUCCGCAGAGAAUUUUCAUUUGCUGAUGCUCUUUAUCUUUGGGAGUUGAUGUGGGCCAUGGAAUACAACCCAAACAUCUUCUCAUUAUAUGAAAAACCAGAGACUUCCCAAACACAAGAAAAUGCACCUGUAGUGAGUGGCAAAUUGUUGAAGCAGUACGGCAAAUUUCAGAGGAAGAACUUGACAACAGGCAAUACUGAGCAGCAUAGUGCCCUAGCAGUUUUUCUUGUUGCAAGUGUUCUUGAAGUGAAGAAUAGGCAGAUCUUAAAGGAGGCUAAGGGUGUAGAUGAUGUUGUUAAGAUCUUGGGUGACAUAACGGCAAAUCUUGAUGCUAAAAAAGCAUGUACUGAGGCAUUGAAAAUUCAGAAAAAGUACCUGAGUAAAACCAAGAAGGCAUGAGAGAUAUUUCUGGUGGCAGCAGUGGAUACUGAAUCUUUCUUCGGCGUGUGAAAUUCUUCGAGGUGUUUGGCCAUUCGUCGUAGGCCAACUUUUUCCUCUUGUAAUAGCUAGCAGCUUCUUACCCCUGUUCUUUUUUUCAUUUAACGUUCUUCUUACGCCAAUCCUGAAUUAAGUACCAAACGAAUUUGCAGCAGGGAAUUGAAGCCUUUGUAUUUUUACAAUAGGGCGUUAUUUGGUUGUCAUCAAGGAAGGAU